CGACGUUAAAGCAAUAUGGAGAAAAGCGUGGUUUUAAAUGUCGCUUCACGUUCGCCGCAGCGUCUUCUGCUGCGGUUGCUUUUCCCCACUCGCUCAUAAGAGUCGGUCCCUGCGCUCAUUCGCCGUGAAUCUUCGAAUUGCCGGCAAUCGGAAGUUGUUUCCGAGAAGUUUGAUUCGGAUCUCGUCAUUUUCUUCCAUGUCUCACCGCCCUAACUUCCAAGGCGGCCGUCGUGGCGGCGGAAGAGGUGGAGGUGGACGAGGCGGUGGCGGAAGAGGUGGAGGUGGACGCGGCGGCGGCGGAAGAGGUGGUGAGCAGCGGUGGUGGGAUCCUGUAUGGCGAGCUGAGCGCUUGCGUCAAACAGCACCCAAGAUAGAGGCAAUGGAUCAGAAUGAAUGGUGGGGGAAAAUGGAAGAAAUGAAGAAAGGAGGGGAGCAGGAGAUGAUAAUAAGGCGAUAUUUCAGCAGAGAAGAUCAGCAGAUAUUGGGCGAUAUGGCUAAUCAAUUGAGCCUUUAUUUUCAUGCAUAUAAUAAAGGGAAGGCACUUGUUGUGAGCAAAGUUCCAUUGCCUGAUUAUCGGGCAGAUCUUGAUGAGCGGCAUGGCUCAACAAAGAAAGAGAUAAACAUGUCCUCAGAGAUUGAAAGAAGAGUUGGGAAUUUGUUGAAUAGUUCCAGUGGGUCAAGACCUGCAGAGAUCAAUUCUUCCAGUUCUUCUCAGAAUGCAGCAUCACAAUCCAAACUGGCUGAACUUAACAACAGAGUAAUGUUGCAGACUGGUAUUGGCACAGAGGACCUUAAUUUGGAACUGAAACAGAAGCAGGACAACCUGAGGGAAAGUGAUAGUGUAAAGACAAUGCUAGCAUUUAGAGAGAAACUCCCAGCUUAUAAACUGAAAUCUGAGUUUUUAAAAGCUGUAGCAGAAAAUCAGGUUCUGGUAGUAUCAGGAGAAACGGGUUGUGGGAAAACCACCCAGCUCCCUCAGUUUAUCCUGGAAGAGGAGAUAUCAUCUCUAAGAGGUUCUAGUUGUAGUAUAAUAUGCACCCAACCUCGUAGAAUAUCUGCAAUAUCAGUUGCUGCUCGAAUAUCCUCAGAAAGGGGAGAGAAGCUUGGUGACACUGUAGGCUAUAAGAUUCGUCUGGAAUCACAAUGCUCUGCUCAAACAAGAUUACUCUUUUGCACAACUGGAGUUUUGCUUCGGCAGCUGGUGCAGGAUCCAGAUUUAAGUGGAAUUACUCAUUUGCUGGUGGAUGAAAUUCAUGAAAGAGGGAUGAAUGAGGACUUCCUGCUAAUAAUAUUACGAGACAUCCUCACUCGCCGUCCAGACCUUCGCAUUAUCCUGAUGAGUGCCACAAUCAAUGCUGACUUAUUCUCAAAAUACUUUGGAAAUGCUCCCACUAUUCAUAUCCCCGGAUUUACCUUUCCAGUGAAAGAAUUUUAUCUAGAAGAUGUUUUGGAGAAAACUCGUUACAGUAUUCAAUCAGAUUCUGACAAUUAUUCAGGAAACUCUAGAAGAGGUCGGCGACAACAAGAGCCCACGAAAGAUCCUUUGACAGAACUAUUUGAGGACGCAGAUAUAGAUUCACUCUACAAAGGCUACAGCAGAAACACCAGACAAUCACUUGAAGCUUGGUCGGGUUCUAAGCUGGACUUGGGACUUGUGGAAACAACUAUUGAGCAUAUAUGUUGCCGUGAAGAUAUUGGAGCAAUUCUUGUUUUCCUUUCUGGAUGGGAUGAAAUUUCAAAGCUCCUCGAUAAAAUCAAAGCUAACAGAAUUCUGGGAGAUGCAAGUAAAUUCUUAGUUCUUCCACUUCAUGGCUCAAUGCCUACUAUUAAUCAACGAGAGAUUUUUGACCGUCCACCUCCUAAUGUUAGAAAGAUUGUGCUAGCAACCAACAUUGCUGAGAGUAGCAUUACGAUAGAUGAUGUUGUGUACGUUGUGGAUUGCGGGAAGGCAAAAGAGACAAGUUACGAUGCUCUUAACAAACUAGCUUGCCUUUUACCUUCAUGGAUUUCUAAGGCGUCAGCUCAUCAGAGACGUGGUCGUGCGGGUCGUGUGCAACCGGGAGUUUGCUACAGACUAUAUCCCAAAAUGAUCCAUGACGCUAUGCCGGAAUACCAGCUGCCUGAAAUGCUUCGAACUCCUCUGCAGGAGCUAUGUCUGAAUAUCAAGAGCUUGCAGCUUGGUUCAAUCAGUACAUUUUUGUCAAAGGCUCUCCAGCCACCUGAUCCGCGCUCUGUGGAAAAUGCCGUUGAACUUCUCAAAACAAUUGGCGCUCUAAAUGAAAAUGAAGAGCUCACUCCACUUGGACGGCAUCUCUGCACAUUGCCUCUGGACCCGAAUAUUGGAAAGAUGCUUCUCAUGGGUGCAAUCUUUCAGUGCCUUAACCCUGCGCUAACAAUAGCCGCUGCCCUUGCUCAUCGUGACCCGUUUGUUCUUCCAUUAAAUAGGAAAGAGGAAGCCGACGCUGCGAAAAGAUUCUUCGCCGGUGAUUCAUGCAGCGAUCACAUUGCGCUCCUCAAAGCAUUCGAAGGCUGGAAAGACGCGAAACGUAAUAGAAAUGACAAGUCUUUCUGUUGGGAAAAUUUUCUGUCGCCGGUAACCAUGCAAAUGAUGGAAGACAUGAGGCUUCAGUUCUUGGAUUUCCUGUCCGGGAUUGGUUUCGUAAACAAAUCCUUAGGCCCUCAAGCGUACAACAAAUACAGCAACGAUCUGGAGAUGGUAUGCGCGAUUCUCUGUGCGGGACUCUACCCGAAUGUUGUGCAGUGCAAAAGACGCGGAAAGCGAACCGCAUUCUACACGAAAGAAGUCGGUAAAGUGGACAUUCAUCCUGCGUCGGUAAACGCCGCCGUUCAUCUCUUCCCGCUCCCGUACAUGGUGUACAGCGAAAAGGUGAAAACCAACCUCAUCUACAUACGAGACUCGACCAACAUAUCCGAUUACGCGCUGCUCAUGUUCGGAGGGAAUCUUGUCCCGAGCAAAAGUGGGGACGGCAUCGAAAUGCUCGACGGUUACCUGCACUUUUCCGCGUCGAAGCCUGUGUUGGACCUAAUACGGAAACUUCGCGGGGAGCUCGACAAGCUUCUCACCCGGAAAAUCGAGGAGCCGGGGCUCGACGUAACGGUGGAGGGGAAGGGUGUUGUUGCAGCUGUAAUCGAGUUGUUGCACAACCAAAAUAUUCGGUAAGCGUUAAGAGUUUUAAUCUUUACAUAUUUCACUAGUCAUGCACUUUUAUUACAAGUAGAAUAAUUCAUAUACAUAUUAGUACACUUACCAUUUUUAUUUAUUUAUUUAUUUUUUAA